CAGUCAGUCACACACACACACACACACACUUUCUCACUGUAAGUGUCAGAGAUCCGCGGCGGUAGACCCGGUCCGGUCCGGUGUGUGACGUCAUGUCUGUGACUGAGAUGUACGCAUUCGCGCGGCCGUUGAAGCUGCUCGCGCUGGUUUGCGUGCUCCUCGCGCUGUGUCUGGACGUCGCGGCGCUCGUGAGUCCCGCCUGGGUGACGGCGGAGGGGCACGCGCUGUCUCUGUGGGUGUCCUGCACCGACACCGGGGCCGCGUGGACCUGCGCGUCAUCCCUCACUUCCGAUUGGCAGAUCGCGACGCUGGUGCUAAUGUUAGCCGGAGCGUCGAUUACACUGCUGUCGUUUCUCGUGAUGGUGAUUUCAUUCUGCAGGGGAACAAACAGGAAGCACUACCGCACCGUCGCCAUGUGUCUCUUCGCAGCAGUGGUGCUCCAGAUGUGCGCGCUCGUUCUCUACCCCAUUAAGUUCAUGGAGUUCAGGACGCUGCAGACGUACCACGAGUUUAAUUGGGGUUACGGACUCGGAUGGGGAGCGACCAUCUUCAUGCUGGGCGGGGGGAUCCUGCUCUGCCUCCGGACCGACGUGUAUGAAGAUGGAAUGUACUGAAGCCUUAACACACACACACACACACACGCACACACACACACACACACACACAGUGAGCUGUACUGAAGAUGAUUGGUCUGUAUGAUCCCCAUAAGAGGUUACAUACGAACAUGCUGCUCCAUAAUUUUUGUUUUACUUUGACCCUUGACCUUUACUGCAGCUAACAUUAGCACAGAACUACAUUAGCAUAGCUGGUUAGCUCAGCUGACAUCUUUGGGGUUAGUAUAUUCUGCAGUAAAUAAAAGUGUGAUCUAAGCCCCGCCCCAUCCCACUCAAGCCCCGCCCACGUUACACCGAACCCUGUUUCAUGUGACAGAUGAAUUCUAAGGAGACGCUCUCCACAUGGACUCUGAUCCCUUUACAGACGCGUGUUAUACAGAGAUAUAGAGAUAUAUUUACUUUUAUUACUUUAUUUCUUGUUAUAUAUCAUUAGAGAGAAACUAUCCUUUAUACAGUUUAUACACACACACACACACACACACACACACACAAUGUACAGAUAAAGCUGAAGUAUAUAUUUUGUGUUUUGAUGUCUGAUCAUAGGCAGGUUUUUUUCUUUGAUGUGUUUUAGGGGAGGAGUUACACACCAUACAAGUCUUAUUUAAUUUUUGCAUUUUAUUAAGAAAAAAAAACAAUAAACACAAACGCUGCUGAUAAUAAACACAACAUUGUGUUUAUUGUUUGAACAAA